CGAGUCUGUGUUCUAGAUUCUGUCCGGAUUUUCUCCUUGUUGUUAGUUUCUUUGCCCUAAUAGACAAGAUCUCUGUGUUCUUGAGCGUUAUCACUCCUUUCUCCGUGGUGCUCUCAUUAUCACCUAUCUGUCCUGUGGCUCCUGCGGAAUCGCGUUCGGAGAACGUGGCUUCUCCCCUGGUUGUACCUCAACGCUUCAUCUACGGCUCGAAUUCUGUCUUUCCCGAAAGUGCACUGUUUCAGCUCCUGGAUCCCAUCUCAAUUGCUUCCCUGACCACGACGGGAUGCGAACAAUCGGCGCUCAAUCCUACAGGUCCGUUUAAUUAGCGCCGGAGAGAUGUUAAGCUCCGCUACGCCUGCGCUACCUUUUCAUAAUGUCCAGACUUCUGGUUCAAGACCUUCCUCGGUAGCACCUCCUGGAGUUCACUCCCAGGCUGCGCCUUCAAACUCCACCUCCACCUACUCGCAGCUAGACCCGCAGGAAACGGCGCAGUGCCUUCAGACCUCUCUCAUCCACGGGUUGAGCCCGGCAGAAGCCGAGCUACGUUUUAUACGAAAUGGCCCGAACGAGUUACCACAUGAAGAGCCAGAACCGUUGUGGCUUCGAUUCCUGAAGCAAUUCAAGGAGACGCUAAUCCUCCUCCUCCUAGCGUCCGCAGCAAUCUCGUUCUUCAUGGGGAACUUUGACGAUGCUGUCAGCAUUACUUUAGCUGUCACCAUCGUUGUUACGGUUGGCUUUGUUCAGGAAUACCGCUCCGAAAAAUCCCUUGAAGCCCUCAACCGCCUCGUCCCACAUCACGCUCAUCUAAUCCGUGACGUCCCGUUGAAUGUUUCCCCCAUUGCUCACCCUACUACCACCAUCCCAGACGAAGAGGUCGAGUUGCAAGAGUUUCGAAGCAAGAGUCCGGGAUCGGGAUCGGUGUCUGCUGCAGUCAAGGCCUCUACCACUGUGCCGGCCAAUGAACUGGUGCCCGGUGACUUGGUUCUCUUUACUGUUGGAGACCGCAUUCCAGCCGAUAUUCGAAUUACCGCCGCCACAGAUCUGACUAUUGACGAAUCUAAUUUGACUGGCGAAAAUGAGCCGGUUGUCAAGUUUCCAGACGCGAUUCGUAACCAAAAGAAUCUCUCAACCCACUCAUCCAAGAUUAGCCCUCCCCGUUCGCCAUUUUAUGAUGCCCCAGCCAGCGGCGCAGUCGGCGCAGAUAUCCGUCUGAAUGAACAGCACAACAUCGCCUUCAUGGGAACACUGGUUCGAUCCGGAUAUGGCCAGGGGAUUGUCAUUGGAACUGGCGCGAAGACCGAGUUUGGAAGCAUAUCAGCUUCGCUUCAGGAGAUCGAAAGCCCACGAACGCCUUUACAGCUGUCCAUGGACCGUCUAGGCCAAGAAUUGAGUUAUAUCUCGUUUGGUGUCAUUGGUCUGAUUGUCGUGGUGGGUUUGAUCCAAGGCCGAAAAGUUCUGGAUAUGUUUACCAUUGGCGUUUCGCUCGCGGUUGCUGCCAUUCCGGAGGGCUUGCCAAUUAUCGUCACCGUCACUCUUGCGCUCGGUGUGCUACGGAUGGCCUCCAGAGGAGCUAUCAUGCGGCGGCUCCCGAGUGUUGAAACACUCGGCUCCGUAAACGUAGUCUGCAGUGACAAAACGGGAACACUCACUCUCAACCAUAUGACGGUUACCAAGAUGUGGCAUUUCGACUGCCCCGAGCCCUUCGAAAUUCACAAUGAUGUUACCUCCUUGACUCCUGGACCCGCCGCUCGUACUGUACUCCGUGUCGGUAACAUUGCUAACAACGCGCGCUUAUCGCGUGUUCACGCGAAUUCCCCCGCGAGCGCAUCCUCCGCUGCAGUACUGUCUUCCACCGAUGAUAGCGCAUCGGGGUCUGUCAAGAGCCGCUGGGUUGGCCAGCCCACGGACGUCGCAAUUUUGGAUCUGCUAGAUGCUUUCGGAGAAGAUGAUGUGCGUGAUCGUAUCUGUGCUCGGGUCGCCGAGACUCCUUUUAGCUCUGAGCGCAAGUGGAUGGGAGUGAUUAUUGGUAGCGACUCGGGCUCCACGGGGGGCCCCAACAUGGCUUACAUUAAAGGUGCUUUGGAACCCGUCCUGAGGCGUUGCGACACGUAUCUGACGAAGGAUGGCCGGGAGGUCAUAUUGGAUGAGCCGCGGCGUCAGGCUGUGCGGCAUGCUGCGGAACAGAUGGCAUCGGAGGGACUCAGGGUGUUGUCAUUCGCCAGCGGAGCCGUGAGAGAUGCCGGCAGGGGCAGGGCGGCCUUUGGUAGCCGAUCCGGUACUCCCGCGUUGCGUGCCAGCCCAGGUGAUGAGGACGACCGCUACAGUGGCCUCGUCUUUGCUGGACUGGUUGGUAUGAAUGACCCCCCGCGUAAAGAUGUCCACAAGUCCAUCCGUCGCCUCAUGGCAGGUGGUGUACGAGUGAUCAUGAUUACAGGGGAUGCUGAAACGACGGCGGUUGCGAUUGCCAAGAAGCUGGGAAUGCCUGUUAGUGACGCAGCUGGGGCUCGAAACGUCCUCAACGGGGAAGACAUUGAUCGCAUGGGUACCUCGGAGCUGUCCCAGGCGCUCUCGUCCGUUUCCAUCUUUGCGCGGACCAGUCCUGACCACAAGAUGAAAAUUGUUCGCGCCCUGCAGUCUCGCGGUGAUGUGGUUGCGAUGACGGGUGAUGGAGUCAAUGAUGCCCCCGCAUUGAAGAAGGCUGAUAUCGGCAUUGCGAUGGGCAAGCUGGGGACGGACGUGGCGAAAGAGGCGGCGGAUAUGAUUCUCACCGACGACGACUUUUCUACGAUCCUGCGGGCUAUCGAACAGGGCAAAGGGAUCUUUUACAAUAUCCAGAACUUUAUUACGUUCCAGCUCAGCACCAGUGUGGCGGCCUUGAGUUUAGUGUUGCUCAGUACGACGCUUGGGUUUAAGAACCCGCUUAAUGCGAUGCAAAUUCUUUGGAUCAAUAUUCUGAUGGAUGGACCGCCAGCCCAAUCUCUGGGAGUGGAACCAGUUGACCCGACAAUCAUGGGACGUCCCCCUCGACCCAAGACGGCGCGGGUGCUCACGAAACCCUUGAUCCAGCGGGUACUUACGUCGGCGUUUGUAAUCAUGGUUGGGACUUUGAUGAUCUACGUUUACGAGAUGGGGGAUGUGGACGACGCGGGGCAGCCGGGCCAGCGGUCUCGGGUGGUGACGGCGCACGACACGACGAUGACCUUUACGUGUUUCGUGCUGUUUGACAUGUUCAAUGCGCUCACGUGCCGCAGUGAGGGCAAAUCGGUGCUCCGGGGGGAACUGGCUCUGUUUGGCAAUAAGAUGUUCAACUACGCGGUGCUCGGGUCGCUGGCGGGCCAGGCCUGUGUGAUCUACCUGCCGUUCCUGCAGCGGGUGUUUCAGACGGAGGCCCUGAACCUGGCGCAUCUGUUCAAGCUGGUGUGCAUAUCGAGCACGGUGUUUUGGGUGGACGAGGGACGCAAGUACUAUCAAUGGUUGCAGCGACGGCGGGCGGUGGGGGGUGGGUACAGUGUCAAUGUGUAGGCUGAUGAGAUGUAUAGAGGGUUGUACAGAUAUUAUAUACUACCUAAUAAUGAGAGAC